AUGGACGGCGCCGGCCAACCCAACUUGCGCGUUACAAUCAUCGCCGCAGAUGGCCUCUACAAGCGUGAUGUUUUCCGCUUUCCGGAUCCCUUUGCGGUUGCCACGAUCAGCGGCGAGCAGACGCGGACCACGAGCGUGAUCAAGAAGACGUUGAACCCCUAUUGGAACGAGAGCUUCGACAUGCGGGUUACUGAAGACAGCGUGCUGGCAGUCCAGAUCUUCGACCAGAAGAAGUUCAAGAAGAAGGAUCAGGGCUUUUUGGGUGUCAUCAACGUGCGCAUUGGGAGCGUUAUCGACCUGGACGCCGGUGGCGAUGAAAUGCUCACCCGCGAUCUCAAGAAGUCGAACGACAACAUGGUUGUGCACGGCAAACUCAUCCUCAAUCUAUCGACCAACCUGAGCCAGCCCAUCAGCCAGGGUGGACAAAACACCAACCGCCCACCCAUUUCCGCACACUCGUCUGUGAACGGCGCGGCUGCGCCUGUUGCGUCUAGUCAACACCAGUCCACACAGAAUCUCCACCCCGACAUGUAUCCUGGCCAGCGACCGCAGAUGCCCUCUCAGCCGCCGUCCCAGCGACUCAGCCAACCUACCCUGCAACCCCCGCCCGCUGCACCAGCCAUGAACGGCUCAGCUCCACCAGCCCAGAAUCGCGGCUAUAGCGCCUUUGAGGACUCACAGGGACGUUUACCGCCUGGAUGGGAACGCAGAGAAGAUCAUCUGGGAAGAACAUACUACGUCGAUCACAACACGAGGCAGACUACCUGGAUAAGACCAGGUGCUGGAUUCAACGAAGCCGACCAGAGGACGCAAAUGGCUGCUCAAACCCAGCAGGAACGGACUCGACACCAGAACCGAAUGCUGCCCGAGGACCGCACCGGCGCGAAUUCGCCCACGCUUUCUGAACGCCAGCCAUCACCACCAGGUGGUACAUCUGCGAAUGCUGUCAGCAUGAUGGCUACCGGAGCCACGACCGCUGGGACUGGAGAACUCCCGUCAGGUUGGGAACAGCGACACACACCGGAAGGGCGACCGUACUUUGUGGAUCACAACACACGUACUACUACCUGGGUCGACCCACGCCGUCAGCAGUACAUCCGCAUGUAUGGCGGGCAAAAUGCUAAUAAUAGUACCAUUCAACAGCAACCCGUGUCUCAGCUCGGACCGCUACCUUCGGGAUGGGAGAUGCGUCUCACCAACACUGCUCGUGUAUAUUUUGUCGACCACAACACCAAGACUACGACAUGGGACGACCCGCGCCUACCAUCUUCGCUUGAUCAAAACGUACCGCAGUACAAGCGCGAUUUCCGUCGCAAGUUGAUCUACUUCCGAUCGCAACCCGCUCUGCGUAUUGUUUCUGGACAAUGUCACGUCAAAGUCCGGAGAACGCACAUUUUCGAAGAUUCAUAUCACGAGAUUAUGCGGCAGAGCGCUGCAGAUUUGAAGAAGAGGCUCAUGAUUAAGUUCGACGGAGAAGACGGCCUGGACUACGGCGGUCUUUCUCGAGAGUUCUUCUUCUUGCUUUCUCACGAGAUGUUCAAUCCCUUUUACUGUCUUUUUGAAUACUCCGCACACGACAACUACACUCUCCAGAUUAACCCUCACUCCGGCAUCAACCCCGAACAUUUGAAUUACUUCAAGUUCAUCGGCCGUGUCGUCGGUCUGGCCAUCUUCCACCGCCGCUUUUUGGAUGCAUUUUUCAUUGGAGCGUUCUACAAGAUGAUUCUGAGGAAGAAGGUGGCACUGUCAGAUAUGGAGGGUGUAGACGCGGAUUUCCACCGCAACUUGGAGUGGAUGCUUAAUAAUGACAUCACCGAUGCGCUGGAGUUGACUUUCUCGACGGACGACGAGCGAUUCGGCGAGACUGUCAGCAUUGAGUUGAAGCCGGGAGGCGAGGAGAUCGAAGUCACGAAUGAGAACAAGAAGGAAUAUGUUGAUCUUAUCACGGAGUGGCGCAUCCAGAAGCGCGUUGAAGAACAAUUCAACGCGUUCAUCUCUGGCUUCCAUGAGUUGAUUCCUGCUGAUCUGGUGAAUGUGUUCGACGAGCGCGAACUUGAGCUGCUUAUUGGCGGUAUUGCGGAUAUCGAUGUCGAUGACUGGAAGAAGCACACCGACUACCGCGGUUACACCGAAAAUGAUGAGGUUAUCGCACAUUUCUGGAAGUGCAUCAGGAGUUGGGAUGCCGAACAGAAGUCUCGUCUGCUACAGUUCGCGACAGGUACCUCGCGUAUUCCUGUCAACGGAUUCAAGGAUCUGCAGGGUAGCGAUGGACCAAGAAGGUUUACGAUCGAGAAGGCUGGUGAGCCUACUCAGUUGCCGAAAUCACAUACUUGUUUCAAUCGUCUUGAUUUGCCACCGUACAAGUCAUUCGAGGCGCUCAACCAGAAACUCACGAUUGCCGUCGAGGAAACAGUUGGAUUCGGGCAGGAGUAG